AUGGAGAAGGAUGCUUCAUCGUACGAUAAUAGCUCGCUCAACGCGUUCUUCGCGCGGCUUGAAGAUGUAUUGCGUUCGGCGCUCUCCGCUUUCUUCGACCAAACCCCUGGGCUGGGCGAGAAGUCGACCGACGUGCGAACCAUGCUGAACGUGCUCCACCUGAAGUGGGACGAUUCGGCAGGCACGGGGAAGAGCCCCGCGAGCGCGGUGGUCCACCUCGAGGGCUCGCCCGUUGUCGCGGCCCACUUCAAGUUCAUCAAGACACUGCUCAAUCGCUUCCACCACUCCCAGAAAACGAACUGGGAGCUGAUCAAGCAGGGAAGGGACUCUGCUGUUUGCGUUCUCGGGGCUCUCCACGACUACGCAAACAUCGAUACGCUAAAGGCCAGGGAGUCGCUGUUGGUCCUGUGGCGCGCUGCCAAGGCCGACAGGGUGGGCGACUACGCCUAUGACUCCGAGCCCAAGAUUGUGGUCGAAGGCUGGCCGUUUGGCUCCGAGCGUGCUGGAGCUGGGCGGCCUCGGGUGUUGCUGAGGGGCGUGCCCGUGGGUGUCACUCCCGCUGUGGUUGCGCUAGCCCUCAAGGUGCAGGACUUUAAUAGCCUGCUAGAGCUGGGCAACCUGGUCAUCCAGAAAGAGAAGGCGCGUUUCGUCGCACUGGCCAAGGCGGAGGAGGAGCCGGCCGUGGUGCUGUAUCUGCCCAGGGACAUCGAGCUGGAUGUGGUCGCGGCGGCGUGGGGCAACGAGCACCACGACUUGGCCCAGACCAAGAUCGGAUACGACGGUGGCAACAAGAGGGUGGUCGUCAUCCAGGUCACUGCCAAGCAGCUCGCUGAAGUGCAGGACAAGACCAUUGAUAUCCUGCCCUUUACGCCCUAUAGGCUUCGGCUGCGCCUGCCGUUGCCGAACCUUGUCGGCCCCGCCUUGCGCACAGCGCUCCGCCACCACAUCCCCGACAAGGAGAUCGUAGGAUUGACGCAGGUGGACCCGCUGUGCGCGGUACUGCACCUGCGCAGUGCCGAGGCCAUGACCCAGCUGCUUCGGUUGAGGCACCUCACCACCACCAGCACCACUGGGACCGCCGCGUCACCCAAGAGCGGGCCAGGGCCAACCAGCUCCAAGGCCGCAGCCAAGGGCCAGACUCCUCCAGCCUCGCCCGCCAAACCUUCGGCCAAACAUUUGUCGGCCAAGGCCUUGGGCGGAACCAAGACAGGGGCGGCCGAGGUCUUGCCCGGGAGCGCCAAGUCGCCAGCCGCCUCCAAGGCCCAGAAGUGGAGCCAGCACUCACCUUCUCUUUCGACGGACUAG